AUAUCUUGUGUAUUAGCGCCAAGUCUUCACCAGGUUAGCCGACAGCUUAAAAAGGAAUCGGUUUCCGACAGCUUGCUUUAUCAUAAUCAGGUGACGGAAUGCGAUUCUUCACAUAACUAUCCAUGAUGUCACACUAAAAUGUACUGUAUAAAAAGCCUUCGUCUUCUAAACGGAGACGUACAAGCACAAAAAAUAACAAGAGAGACGAGAGCCUUCAAAGAAAGAGUAGAGAAGAGACCUUGAGAUUCAAAAAGACAACGUUGACAAGUAAGAUGCAGGUGCUCACAGAUCUCUCUUUCUUCUACGCUCUUCUUCUGCUGUUGAAUGCACAGCUCUGCAGCGCACAGCCUUUCCACACCGACACUGUGGCGAAAGACGUGGAGAAUCUGAAGAAUUUGCUUCAACGACUGGAAGAAGCUUUUCCAUCGCCUGACGAACAGGAGCCUUUCCUCUCAGAGCAGUCUGAACAGGGAGUCUUCGACGACCUCCCGGGAGAGGCACAGAGCGAACAGCCACGAGAUGAACUACACCCCAAAACCACCGACUUGGAGAAGUAUCUGUCCGCAAGAGAUCUGCAAACACUGCGUAGCGCCCACUCGUCGUCAAAACGAUAUUCCGGAUGCUUCGGGAGAAGGCUGGAUAGAAUCGGUUCAAUGAGCUCUCUCGGGUGCAACACUUCAUCGCGAUACAGGUCGAAAAGAAGCUGAGGCGAUCUUGCAGCCACAGACUCCAGAAAUGAACCCCGGACCCCAGUGAGGAUUCGGCAUUUCCACGAUGAACUCGACCUUUAGUUUCAUUUAACAUUAACACUAUUUAUUGAAUGUUAUUUAUAUUUAAAUAUAUUUAUUCUAACAUAUAUUUAUUAAAUUAUUGCCUCUGGUCAUUUUUAUCGUUAUAAAACUGCAAAUGUAAAAUGACAAG